AUGGAGAUGAGGCAGAGAUGGUCCACCAGGUGGAAAACGAAACGGUGGUUCUGGGACUCCGCGUUACCCGCGCUCCUCAUCACGUUGACGCUCCUGCUGGAGGCUGCGGAGGUCAGAGGAGCUGAGCCAGUUGACGUGCUCAAAGCAUUAGAGUUUCACAAUUCACCAGAAGGAAUAUCAAAAACAGCCGGAUUUUGUAUAAACAGAAGGAAUUCCAGAGGAUCAGAUGUUGCCUACAGGGUUUCAAAAAAUGCACAGCUCAGUGCCCCAACAAAACAGUUGUACCCAGGUGGAAACUUUCCUGAAGAUUUUUCAGUACUAUUUACAGUAAAGCCUAAAAAAGGAAUCCAGUCCUUUCUUUUAUCUGUCUACAAUGAACAAGGUAUUCAGCAAGUUGGCAUUGAGGUAGGCAGGUCACCUGUUUUCCUGUUUGAGGAUCAAAAGGGAAAGCCUGCUCCAGAAGAUUAUCCCCUCUUCAGGACAGUUAACAUUGCAGAUGGAAAGUGGCAUCGGGUAGCCAUUAGUGUGGAGAAGAAGACUGUUACCAUGAUUGUGGACUGUAGGAAGAAAACCACAAAACCACUUGACAGGAGUGACAGAAGUAUUGUUGACACCAAUGGCAUCACUGUCUUUGGAACAAGGAUUCUUGAUGAGGAAGUCUUUGAGGGUGAUAUCCAGCAGCUGUUGAUUAUCAGUGAUCCCAGAGCAGCCUACGACUAUUGUGAGCAUUACAGCCCCGACUGUGAUUCCCCUGUGCCCAAUGCUCCUCAGGCUCAAGAGCCUCACGUUGAUGAGUACACAACUGAAGAUUUAAUGGAAUAUGACUAUGACUAUGGGGAUCCAGAUUAUAAAGAUUAUAAAGAGCCUGAUACUGUAACAGAAGGACCCCCACUAUACGACGAGACAGUGGCACAAACGGAGGCCAACAUUGUUGAUGGAUAUCAUGAAUAUAAUGUGGCUGAAACUGACUAUGGGACUUCAGAGGGCUACCAGACUGCGACUCCUAGUCAGACGACAGGACCAAAUGAGCAAAAUCCAGUUGAAGAAGUAUUUACUGAAGAAUACCUAACGGGAGAGGAGUAUAAUUCAGAGACUAAAAAAAACGAGGAAAGAGAGUAUGGAAGCAGAGGAACAAUAGACCACAGUGAAUCUGAAGUUCUGGUAGAUGGAGAUUUAGGCGAAUAUGAUUUUUAUGAAUAUAAAGACUAUGAAGAGAAGCCUACAAAUCCCACUAAUGAGGAGUUUGGGCCUGGUGUUCCAGCAGAGACUGAUGUCACAGAAACGAGUGUGAAUGGUCAUGGUGCUUAUGGAGAAAAAGGACAGAAGGGCGAGCCAGCUGUGAUAGAACCUGGGAUGCUGAUUGAAGGACCACCAGGGCCUCCAGGACCUCAUGGUCUUAUGGGUCCUCCUGGCACACAAGGUCCCACAGGUCCUGCUGGUGACCCUGGUGAUAGGGGUCCACCAGGACGUCCUGGUCUUCCAGGUGCUGACGGCUUAGCAGGACCCCCGGGUACCAUGUUAAUGUUGCCGUUCCGUUUUAGUGGAGGUGGUGAGAAGGGCCCACCAAUCUCUGCUCAAGAGGCUCAAGCACAAGCUAUUCUUCAACAAGCCAGGAUUGCCAUGAGAGGGCCACCCGGUCCUAUGGGACUCACUGGAAGACCAGGUCCUGUGGGUGGUCCUGGAGGCUCAGGUGCCAAAGGGGAUAGUGGAGAUCCAGGUCCUCAGGGCCCUCGAGGUAUACAAGGUCCAGCUGGUCUUCCUGGAAAACCGGGCAAACGAGGUCGCCCAGGUGCUGAUGGAGCUAGGGGGAUGCCGGGGGAACCUGGUUCUAAGGGUGACAGAGGUUUUGAUGGCCUUCCUGGUUUACCUGGUGAUAAAGGUAACAGGGGAGAUCGUGGACCGCAAGGAUCUCCUGGUGCUCCUGGUGAAGAUGGAAUGAGAGGAGAAGAUGGAGAGGUUGGACCAAGAGGCCUCCCAGGUGAAGCUGGUCAACGAGGAUUACUCGGCCCAAGAGGGUCACCUGGCCCCCCAGGACAACCUGGAAUUGCAGGUGUUGAUGGUCCAUCGGGUCCCAAAGGAAACUUGGGCCCUCAAGGGGAACCAGGACCUCCUGGCCAACAAGGGAUUCCAGGUCCACAAGGACUUCCAGGUCCACAAGGUCCAAUUGGAGUUCCUGGUGAAAAAGGACCACAGGGCAAGUCAGGCCUUGCUGGGCUUCCCGGUGCAGAUGGCCCUCCUGGUCACCCAGGCAAAGAAGGCCAGUCUGGAGACAAAGGUGCCUUGGGGCCUCCAGGUCCUCAAGGUCCUAUUGGUUAUCCUGGUCCUCGUGGUGUAAAGGGUGCAGAUGGUGUCCGUGGUCUAAAGGGUGGAAAAGGUGAAAAGGGUGAAGAUGGCUUUCCUGGGUUUAAAGGCGAUAUGGGACUUAAGGGUGAUAGAGGUGAAGUUGGUCCCCUUGGUCCUCGAGGAGAAGAUGGUCCUGAGGGUCCCAAAGGCCGUGCAGGUCCAACAGGAGACUCAGGUGGGCCUGGUCAAGCUGGGGAAAAGUUUCAUCUCUUCAGACUUUCUGCUAUAGCCAGAAAGGUUGGCAUUGCAAUGCAGAUAGCAAUUCUGGUGGAAAUCCCAUGGGUAGAUAAGCUAGAGGCUUUGAGAGAAACAGGAAACUUCAUAGAGAUGGUGAUAACAAUCGAAUCAGUAAUGUCAGUGACAGCUGAUAAACCAGAUGCUUACCCCUUCCCAAUUAUGGGCUCCACCGGUUUCCCUGGAUUCCCAGGUUCCAACGGAGAGAAAGGUGCAAGGGGCUUGCAUGGCAAACCAGGCCCACGGGGACAACGAGGACCAACAGGACCACGUGGGUCAAGAGGCCCUAGAGGCCCAACUGGAAAACCUGGCCCAAAGGGCACUUCAGGCAACGAUGGACCGCCUGGUCCACCAGGUGAAAGGGGACCACAAGGGCCUCAGGGGCCAGUUGGCUUCCCUGGACCAAAGGGACCUCCUGGUCCUCCUGGGAAGGAUGGUUUGCCUGGACAUCCAGGACAGCGAGGUGAAACUGGAUUCCAAGGGAAAACUGGCCCACCAGGCCCUGGUGGAGUUGUUGGACCUCAGGGCCCCACUGGUGAGACUGGCCCAAUUGGUGAAAGAGGUCACCCUGGUCCUCCCGGCCCUCCAGGUGAACAGGGCCUCCCAGGUGCUGCUGGGAAAGAAGGUGCUAAGGGGGAUCCAGGUCCUCAAGGUAUCUCUGGAAAAGAUGGACCACCAGGACUUCGUGGUUUCCCAGGAGAAAGAGGAUUACCAGGGGCUCAGGGUGCGGCUGGCCUGAAAGGAGGAGAAGGUCCACAAGGUCCCCCUGGUCCAGUUGGUUCCCCAGGUGAACGUGGCCCAGCAGGAACAGCUGGCCCCAUUGGUUUGCCAGGACGUCCUGGCCCUCAAGGUCCCCCUGGGCCAGCAGGAGAAAAGGGAGCUCCGGGUGAGAAAGGCCCUCAAGGCCCAGCUGGACGUGAUGGAGUACAGGGUCCCGUAGGUCUUCCUGGUCCUGCUGGUCCAGCUGGAUCUCCUGGAGAAGAUGGCGACAAGGGUGAAAUUGGUGAGCCAGGUCAGAAAGGGAGCAAAGGUGACAAGGGAGAAAAUGGUCCUCCUGGACCGCCAGGUCUUCAAGGUCCUGUCGGUGCUCCUGGUAUAGCUGGGGGUGAUGGAGAGCCCGGUCCAAGAGGACAGCAAGGGAUGUUUGGGCAGAAAGGGGAUGAAGGUCCACGAGGCUUCCCAGGUCCUCCAGGACCCAUUGGGCUCCAGGGCCUGCCUGGUCCACCUGGUGAAAAAGGUGAAAACGGAGAUGUUGGACCAAUGGGCCCACCUGGACCCCCUGGCCCAAGAGGCCCUCAAGGGCCAAAUGGAGCUGAUGGUCCUCAAGGCCCUACUGGUUCAGUUGGCUCUGUUGGAGGUGUUGGUGAGAAGGGUGAACCUGGAGAAGCUGGUAACCCUGGGCCUCCUGGAGAAGCUGGCACCAGUGGUCCAAAAGGAGAAAGGGGUGAAAAAGGUGAGGCUGGGCCACCAGGAGCAGCUGGACCUGCUGGUAUUAAAGGACCUCCGGGUGAUGAUGGACCGAAGGGCAAUCCAGGUCCUGUUGGCUUCCCUGGUGACCCUGGUCCCCCUGGUGAACCUGGGCCUGCUGGUACUGAUGGUACAGGAGGAGACAAAGGUGAAGAUGGUGACCCAGGCCAACCUGGUCCUCCAGGUCCCUCAGGUGAAGCAGGCCCUCCUGGACCUCCCGGAAAGAGAGGACCUCCAGGAGCAGCUGGGGCAGAAGGAAGGCAAGGAGAAAAAGGUGCAAAGGGUGAACCUGGUGCAGAAGGUGCUCCAGGAAAAACAGGCCCAGUUGGACCUCAGGGUCCUGCAGGGAAACCGGGCCCAGAGGGACUUCGGGGUAUUCCUGGACCUGUGGGUGAACAAGGUCUACCUGGAACACCCGGUCAAGAUGGCCCACCCGGUCCUAUGGGUCCACCUGGCUUGCCUGGACUAAAAGGUGACCCAGGAUCCAAAGGUGAAAAGGGACAUCCUGGUUUGAUUGGCCUGAUUGGACCUCCAGGAGAACAGGGGGAAAAGGGUGACAGGGGUCUUCCCGGCACCCAGGGAACCCCUGGAACAAAAGGAGAUGCAGGAAUUCCUGGCCCUGCUGGCCCUUUUGGUCCUCCUGGGCCACCAGGUUUACCUGGUCCGCAGGGUCCAAAAGGUUCUAAAGGUUCAACCGGUCCUAGUGGUCAGAAGGGUGAUGGUGGUUUACCAGGACCCCCUGGACCUCCUGGCCCUCCAGGUGAAGUCAUUCAACCUUUGCCAAUCCAGUCACCCAAAAAGACCAGGAGAUCUUCAGAUGCCAUGUUAGCAGAUGCAGCUGAUACUAUCCUCGAUUACACUGAUGGCAUGGAAGAGAUCUUUGGUUCACUGAACUCUCUGAAGCAGGAUAUUGAGCAUAUGAAAUACCCAAUGGGGACUCAAAACAACCCAGCCCGAACAUGCAAGGAUCUACAGCUUUGUCACCCAGACUUCCCAGAUGGAGAAUAUUGGAUUGAUCCAAACCAGGGUUGUUCUGGAGACUCGUUCAAAGUGUACUGUAAUUUCACAGCAGGUGGAGAAACUUGCAUCUAUCCUGAUAAGAAAUCAGAAGGAGUGAGAAUUUCAUCAUGGCCAAAGGAAAAUCCAGGAACCUGGUUUAGUGAAUUUAAGAGAGGCAAGCUGCUUUCAUACGUGGAUGCUGAAGGCAAUUCCAUUAAUAUGGUCCAAAUGACAUUCCUUAAACUACUGAGUGCCUCCGCCCGACAGAACUUCACUUACAACUGUCAUCAGUCAGUGGCCUGGCAUGAAGCUUCUUCUGACAGCUACGACAAAGCACUAAGGUUCUUAGGCUCAAACGAUGAAGAGAUGUCUUAUGACAACAAUCCUUACAUCAAAGCCCUACAUGAUGGCUGUGCAUCAAGAAAAGGCUAUGCAAAGACUGUUGUUGAAAUUAAUACUCCCAAAAUUGACCAAGUGCCUGUUGUUGAUGUGAUGAUUAAUGACUUUGGUGAUCAGAAUCAGAAGUUUGGGUUUGAAGUUGGUCCAGUCUGUUUCCUUGGUUAAGCUGAGAGCAAAGAGAAGAUGAUUGACAAAAGAUGAUCAGCAAGUAACGAUGCACCUUGGUGCCACCAUCAACCUACUUGAUGCCACAUGCAAGUUUUGAAUAAGGAUGGUGUAGAAAAUGUGUCUCACCGUGUAACAUGUCUUCUCUAGAAAACACUCACUGUCCCCAUAGGAUGAGAAUCACAUGACUUAAACUUAUUUGGACCAAUUGUGAAGGAUGCUGUGGCAGAGGCAGGCAACAUAGGGCUAACUUUAUGAACAGCCUCCACCAUCCCAUCCCAACCCACCUCCCCCCACCCUUGAAUAUUUUGGUGCUGUAAAAUUGAAUGUCAUGGUGCUCCUUCUAUUAUAACAUAAGAGGUGCUAAGAAGGUGUGUUUAAUAAACUGUAAUUAUUCUGUGUACAGUAUGAUGCUGUCCUUUCUGUGUCCAUUUCCAAAACUUGCAUGUGACCCUGAAUUGCA